UUCUUGAUGGUUGUGCUGUUCACCCUGGCUAUCAUGCUGAGGCCCCCCAUUUCCAGCCCCAGUCCCAUGAACAACUGGAAGCCACGGUGGAGGAGCCUGGGUGAGCCACACAUCCCACCCGAGUACAUCCUCAUUAAAGACAGCCUUCAGUUCUAUGAAGCACUUGGUCCCCGGGGUUCUGGAAGAGGAGCUGAUGGCGGAGAGAAAGGAGUUAUCCAUGGUCCAGGCGAGCAGCCCGCACUGAGGGACCUGGAAGAUUUCAGCGUCCGCACCCUAUAUGAUAAACUGGAGGACCAAAACCUUCACCUGGCUUCUCAGAUGGCAAAACACAGGGUGGAUGUGUUGGCCUUUUACAGAGGGAUCAGCCAGAGGAUCCAGGGUCUGAUGGACAUGGUGCAAACUCUGGACUCUGAAGGGCUGAAAGGCCUCUCCAGGCAAAGCAUCUCAGUGCAUAGAACCCAGGGGAGCACCCAGAUGGCCAUGGGCAUUGGGCGAAAUGACGAAUUGACCAGCAGAGACUUUAAAGCAAUGGGCCACACAGGUGCUGAGUGGCGGGAGGCAACAGAGUUAAUGAAAGCUCUGAAAAUCCUUCUUGGUAAAGUCCAUUAUGAGAAGACGAUUGUGAAGCAAGAGCCAUCACAGCACGUACAGGGACAGGAUGGGACAGCAGAAUCCAGCCUGGCCAGUCAAAGGAAAGCAGGAGCGGAGGGAGGGCAGGAUCCUGGCGGGCUCCUGCACUAUGGAUGCUCUAAUAAGAAAGGCCCCUUUGUCACCUGUGAAGAACAAGGUCUAGGUCCUCAGCCUGGGAGGGCCAUGCUGGCCUGUCUGACUGAGCUUGAGGUGGAGAGUCUGAUGGCAACUUCCCCCCUUGCCAGGACCCUGCGUGAGAUCAGGCAGGCUUUGGAGAAGCAGCAGCAGUGUCCUAUUGCUUCUGCUGCAGAAGCAUAUUUGAGUGACAGUUCUCUGAGGUCCACCAGGAAUUCAUUGGUCACCACAGAUCUGGCCAGCUUGUCCCCUCGUCAGUUUGUGGUUUACCGCUUUGGCUGCACUGUGAUUCGCCUGCUAAGCAGGGCCUGCUCCCACCCGGCUGUGGUACUCAUGUUGGCUCAGACAGUCCCAGACCAAAGCCCAAUAGGGGUUCAAGAGGCUCUCCAAAGCCCUGGAGAUUCCUACUAUGAUGCCACCAACAGGUUCCUGUAUAUAUGUUCAGCACGCCUGGAGAAUGCUGGGGAAUUUAUAUCCAUCCUGCUGAAUGCCAUGGCAUGGAUCAAAGCAGGAUCUACAGCAGCUGCCACUGCUCAUUCUUGCUUUCAGAUGGAACUCAACAAAGGCAUCACAGCUCUAGCCAAUGCCUUUUUCCAAUGUUCCUGGGCAGCAGUAGAGAAGGAUCCUGCAGAAGAUAAACCAUCCACUUGCUUUGACUCCCAGACAAUAUUUGAAGAACUUCUGAGCAUCCGAAUGUCGCCAGAUCCCCAAUUCCUUGAGAAAUCCCAACAUGAGAGGUUGCAACAUUACCAAUGUUUUCAGCUUCAGGCGGAGAUUCAGGAGAUGAUGGAAAGUUCAAGGACAAAAGGAGCAAUGAAGUGGAGUGGUGAGGGGGAUAAGAGAAAUGCAGAUUCCUCUGGCAUUCAGGUUGCGAAGCUAGAGAAGAUGCUGGAUGGGCUGAAUGAGGAGUUCUUCCAGCUUACAGUGCAGGCCUUGACAAUCCAGAAGGAGGAGGAACUACUGGACCAGAAGCUCAGAAUCCAGGAGGAAUCAUUUGCGGUGGCGUCGUCAGUGAGAGAAACAGGGCACAUUGGCACCUGGCAGCCGGGACAGACGUGCUCAGUUUGGCUUUUACAAGGUGGCUGCCUGGUCAGAUGUAAAGGAAUUUCAGGGUCCUUCCCCCUGGGGGAUGUUUUUCAGGUUAUUGGUAGAAAUGUUUGUAACGGUCCUUCAUGGAGAUCCCAGUCCAGGUCAAGCAGCGUGAGGCAUAGAUCGCUAGUCUACUGACACAGAUACGGCAAAUGCCAAAGAUCCCUGGGGUCCUGCGGGAGGAACUCGUCCUGAUCGAAUAGGUUGGAGUCGAGGCACAGCGGUCUACGGAUACUGCUAAGGGAAAAACUUCCGGCACUGGUGCAUGUGACAAGCACACACACCUAAUAUGGAAUGGACAUGAGCAACCCAUCUUGAAGAACACCAGUUACGGAAAAGAAAACGAAAAGACCCUUUUUAACAUUCACUGCAAAGUCCAGCUUCUCCUGGAGAGCAUCAAACACUGCUGUGGCUAUGAGAAUGAAGGUGAAAUCGAGCUGGCAGACGUGAGUGGCCAGGUGAAGAAUUUGCUUCAGAACCAACAUUGCUAUGCCUCAGAGCUUCUGAGCGAGAGAGAGACCUGUGUACUCCUCAGUGUCACACGUAGGUACAGCAUUGUCAGUCCCGCGAGAAGAAAAUGCCUCUGCAUUUUGGCCACUGACGUUUUGAUGACUAGCAAAAGAAAUGGGGGGCUUGUAAAGGAACGCAGCACUUGGAGGGCAUGGUGACAGCUCUCCCUAGCAUUCCAAAUGGGAGUAGUGAGAUCUCCUACAUCCUCUUUAGGGUGACCAGAUGUUCUGAUUUUAUAGAGACAGUCCCAAGUUUGAGGUCUUUUUCUUAUAUAGGCUCCUAUUACCCACCACCCCAUCCCAAUUUUUCACAUUUGCUGUCUAGUCACCCUAAUCCUCUAACACUUUGCCACUCAAGACGUGGUACAGGGCAUGGUGACCAUUCUCCUUUGUGAUAGGCACCGUCACACCUCUAGCCUACAACAAGGGUCCUGGAGUUGCAGAGCACUUCCCAGACUUAUUCACAGGUGCUGUCUAUGCUUCAAGCAUGUUCAUGAGUGUUCCCCAGCAUUGUGAGAGAGGUUUCCAUUCAAGACCAAAGUGACUUAUCUUGAUCAGUCCCUUCUGUAGCCUCUUCAGAGAAAAACAACAGAUUUUACAGUUUCAGGUUAUACAGCACCUUUCAUCUGCAGAUCUUACAGCCCUUUGCAAAGCAGGUAUUAUCACCCCUCUUUUUUCAGAUGGGGAAACAGAGGUAAGGAGAUGUUAUGGUUGAAAUGUUCAAUAAGGAUUAAUUUGGGGGUUUCCCAACCCAAGCUAUGCAUUUCUUAAUAGGCAUCAGGUUUCAAAUAAACAAAAGGAUGCAUUUCUUCACACAAUGCACAGUCAACCUGUGGAACCCCUUGCCAGGGGAUGUUGUGAAGGCCAAGACUAUAACAGGGUUCAAAAAAUAACUUGAUAAACUCAUGGAGAAUAGGUCCAUCAAUGGCUAUUAGCCAGGAUGGGAAGGGAUGAUGUCCCUAGCCUCAGUUAGCCAUAGGCUGGGAAUUAGUGACAGGGGAUGGAUCACUUGUUCUGUUCAUUCCCUCUGGUGGCACCUGGCAUUGACCACUGUUGGAAGACAGGAUACUGGGCUAGAUGGACCUUUGGUCUGACCCACUAUAGCCGUUCUUAUGUUCUUAUGUUCUCAGAGAUGCUGAGCACCUAUAACGGCAGUCAAAGUCAAUGGGAGCUGCAGGUGCUCAGCACUUUCUGACUAUCAAGUCCAAUGUGUCUAAAGUUGUGCACCUCCAAUCAGAGGCCACUUCUGAAAAAUUUGGCCUGAAUGACUAGCCCAAAGCUAUACAGUGAGUAACUGUCACAUUAAGAUUUCCUGGUGCCUAGUCCCAAUUCUGGCCACUAGAUAGUGCAUCCUCAGGAUAAAUAUUUCUCUCUUUAUGAAAUUCCUUUGUCCCUUGCAGGUGGUGAAGGUUCUUCAGAGGUAAUAUUUACACCACUACUGAAAGAUGAAGGAGUUAUUAACCCUAAGUUCCUUGGUAAGUAGUGCUACUGAGCUAGAUGGUCUUAUGAGACUGAUAUAUGAAGCUUGUUAGAAUGUUGGGUUUAUUUCCAAGAUAAAACAAGAUACCAUCUCAGCUGUAUUGCUCGGGAAGGGAUCAAAGCCCAAGCCAAGAGAGAAAGAUUUAAACUUGCAGUCAGAAAUAUU